AGAGAAAGAUUCAAAGUCAGCAAAACCAAGGUAAUGGAGAGUGAGACGGAGAAGAAGAAGAAGAAGAAGCAAGUAAUGGAAAUCGAAGGCUACCCAAUCGAUGGAUUAUCCAUUGGAGGGCACGAAACUUGCAUCAUGUUCCCUUCUCUUCGUUUAGCUUUCGACAUCGGCCAUUGCCCACAUCGCGCAAUCUCUCAAGACUUCCUCUUCAUCUCUCACUCCCACAUGGAUCACAUCGGUGGAUUACCAAUGUAUGUUGCGACUAGAGGCUUGUACAAGAUGAAGCCUCCAACGAUUAUAGUGCCCACAUCGAUCAAAGAAUGUGUCGAGAGCUUGUUCGAGGUUCAUAGGAAGCUAGAUUCUUCAGAGCUGAAGCACAAUCUUGUUGGCUUGGGCAUUGGGGAGGAGUUUAUUAUCAGGAAAGAUCUCAAAGUGAAAGCCUUUAAGACAUACCAUGUUAUCCAAAGCCAAGUGGAGUUUCUCAUUGUCUUCUUACUGUUCUUUGGCACAGAGCUCUGUCUCAACUCUGCUAGAGCUGUUGGCUGCAGCGUGGUUAAUAUUGGGACACAGGACGGCCUCAUCUUGUGCUUGGAUUGAUCUCACAACUCAUAAAGAUUCAGCUCCUCGCUGAUCUUAGUUUAGAGAAGAUGCCUCAGCUUAUUGAGUUUGUGGAGGACAACGAUGAUAUAGAAGAAUUUCUGAGAUUACCCCCAGAGAAAGUCUUACUCAAAUGGUUGAACUUCCAUCUCAAGAAAGGUGGUUACAAGAAAACCGUUGGAAACUUUUCUUCGGAUCUGAAGGUAUAUGGCUUUUCAAGUACCAACUAGAUUUAUGCUUUUCUUUCAUUUUUGUUUAAAAUUUAUAAUUAUAAAUUUGUAUUUCUAUUUUUAAUAUGUUUUAUGUCAUAUUUGUAUAAAUUAUAUGAAAUCCAAUAAUUCAACUUUUAAAAUUAAAAAAUUAUAUUUUUAAGAA